AUGUCUAUGACUGGAGAAUGUCCAGGCGCCAGUGCUAACAGUCACGACGAGGACAAAGUCAAACAGUUCCUCGAGGCCCAACUUAGUUCCGUUGUCGAUGAACUAUCAAAGCCCGAUGGGCGGCCAUCACUGACGCUGAAACGUCGGCCUACGCGCGCUAAUUGCUCGCUAAAUGUAGCCACCGGGGCAUUACAGGCAAAUGGGCAUGGGCGAGAAUGCGUCGUUACGUAUUCUUGGCCAGGCAAGACAGCGAGGGAAGCAUGGGCUUUUGGCGUUGUUGUGCGUAUUCUUGGGCAUAUCUCGGAAGCCAUCCAUGGCCAAUUCGUCGCCUCCAAAAGAGACAUAUACUACCUCGAUCCAGCGUAUUUCGGCUCUCAGAGAUUGGUCGAUACAUACAUCGACGAUAUUGCCUAUACUAUCGGAGUGGGCCGCCCUGCAUUACAUGUGGGAAUUCUUAUACCAAGAGUUGACGAGAUCGCGGAACUUGAUUUAUCAGGUGUUCGAUGGGUCCUAGUGAUCGAGAAGGAGGCUGUUUUCCACCGUUUAGUGACUUCGAAUUACCACAAAUCGUCGACUGCUGGUGGAGGUAUGCUGAUAACAGGCAAAGGCUAUCCAGAUUUAUCCACUAGAGCCUUUUUACGUCUGUGGAAAGGAAACGGCUGA